AUGCCAGCUAUCAAACAUGCCGUAAAGAUCAACGUAGAUUUAGGAGAAGGAUACGGAAACUUCAAAUGUGGUCCAGAUGAUGAGUUGAUUCCGCUCAUUGACCACGCGAACAUAGCAUGUGGUUUCCACGCCGGGGAUCCGUUGAUCAUGCAUCAAACGGUGCUCGCAUGCAAAAAGCACAACAUAGCCAUCGGCGCCCAUCCUGGCCUGCCCGAUAUUCAAGGGUUUGGUCGACGAGAGAUCAAGAUGUCGCCUGAAGAACUGACAGCGGCUAUUCGCUACCAAGUGGGCGCCCUGAAAGCAUUCUUAGAUGCAGAAGACGUACCACUACACCACGUGAAACCACACGGCGUGUUGUACGGGAUGAUGUAUCGGGAUAAAGAGGUGUGUCGAGCAGUUUAUGCCGGAGUACCCAAAGGGACAACUGUGUUUGGUCUUGCGGGUACCUUGCAUGAGGAGGUCGCGAAGGAGCUUGGAUUGCCGUUCGUCGCCGAGUUGUAUGGAGAUGUCAAGUAUAGCAAAGAUGGAACGUUGGUCAUUGAUCGGAAGAAGAAGCCAUGGCAUCCAGACGAGACGAGGAAGCACGUUCAAAGUCAAGUCGAGAGUGCGACUGUUACCGCCGUUACGGGUGAGGAGGUGAAACUCCCCAUAGGCGACCACGAGGUCUCGUUGUGUUGUCAUUCUGAUUCACCUGGAGCUGUGGAAAUUGUGAAGGCGGCGAGGGAGAUCGUUGAUCAAUUCAACAACAAGCACUUUGAGAAGUCCUGA